AUGGAACCUCUUUCGAAGGCUCGAGUCCGCAAAACACCGUCGGCCUCCGCCCCCGGGACCCGGAAAAGACGCAAGCGGACGGUCGUCAGUCAAGCGGCGGACGAUUGCUUCACGUGCGCCCGACAGGGGACCCCAUGCGACCGGCGGCGUCCCUACUGUUCCCAGUGCUUGGAAGGCGGCCGUGACUGUGCGGGAUACAAGACCACCCUAACCUGGGGGGUGGGGGUGGCCAGUCGUGGGAAACUUCGGGGGCUGUCCCUCCCCGUGACUGGGGCGGCCCAGCCAGCCGCAAGCCCAUCGAGACCUCGCCAUGCGGCAGGAUCACCACGAGUAUCUCAGCCUCGACAGCCGGUGGAAUCGACUGCAGAGAAUUACUGCAUUCCCCGAGAACGGCAGCCUUCUUUAGCGACCGGGUCCUCUGACAAUGGGGCCCCGUUUAUGGCUACACCCGGUCCACAAGCCAGGCCGGCAGUACCCGCACCCUGCGCACGCGAGCUCUAUACCACGCAUUCCACGAUGAACCCGACGGCAUGCGAGCCUUUACUACCGGGUUCAAGAAGGGCGGAUUUGAUGCCACAGUAUCAUAUGCCACCCAUCGUCUCAAACACCCUGGACGUGGAAAUUGGGAUGAGACCGGUACCGUCGGCGCAGUGGCCAUGGCCUGGGCAUUCUUGGGAGCAGGAAACAGAGAACGGGUCCGAGGAGCAGAUCGAACAAAUGUACUCCGAUGACACGCGAUCGUGGCUGGGUGCCUUCCAGUCGCCGUCGUUAUCUCAGCAGUUACUAGCGCGUUCCGUGGGACGCACACCGCGACUUCAAUACCUCAUCAGCUAUUACGCGGAGGUCAUUGCGCCCAUGAUCGUGGCCUUUGAUAGCCCGACGAACCCUUUCCGGACAUAUGUUCUGCGUUUGGCGCAGGAGAGCGUAUCCCUGCAGGAGGCCAUUGCGACACUAGCCACCUGCAACCUGCGGCAACGACGCGAAGGCGGAACAAGGUCAACGGAACGGACUUUGCCAGCCCGGCUGUCCUCUCUGGCUCACCAGGUCUUGACCGACGACACCCUCCAGGAUCGGUCGGGAAACCCGGUUCCUGAGGCGUCUGCUCAGGAAGAACAGUUUCACCGCGGCAUGGCAGUCAAGGAACUGAACCGGGAAUUGGCCGACUCGCGCCAGCGGCUUUCGGACUCUGUUCUCGCGACAUUGCUGAUUCUUUGUUUAUUCCACUGCUGCGAUACUGGGGUCGCGCAAUUCAAGACACAGUUCGCCGGGGUGACCAAGCUGCUGGCCAUCCGACUGUGCAACUCCCGUUGCAUGUCGGACGAGCUGAAGUGGUUUGUUCGCAUGUUCACGUGGAUUGACACGAUGACAGCAACCACCAAUGACCGCGAGGUGCAACUUCGCGGAGCCUGUUUGGAUAUCACUGCCGUCUCCGAUAGCGAAUGGGGCCUCGAGAACCUCGCGGGAUGUGAUGCUGGGCUCUUCAGAAUGGUGGCGCAGCUCGGCCGAUUGAACCUUCUGAGUCAGAACCAAGAAGUACGCACUCUUACACCACCUGAUAUCUAUAUUCCCUCCACAACAGUCCCGCCGUCGAUGGCGUUUUACUCGUCGAAUGGCAACCCGUUGCCACCGCCGCCCAGUGACCGUGAUAGAACAGCGUUGCCACCGAAGUUCUGGACGGAAUGGUACUCGCUUCGCCAGAAGCUCGAGUCCUGGCGGUUUCUUCCCCAGCGCCAGAUGAGCACUCCUGACUCCACGCCCAACAACUCCUACAUCUCGCCACCGUCAUCUCCGCCGAUUCAGUCCGUAGUCGCACCCCAACAUGUGCAGGAUGUCAUCCAAAUCUCGGAGUCAUUCCGGCAUGCGGCGAUUCUGUAUAGCGAGCGCCUCGCCUACCCCGAGCUACCAUCUGCGCAUCCUCGUAUCCAAUAUCUUGUGCAACGCACGAUGAGUCACAUUCUAGCCGUGCAGUGCGAUGCGUACCUGCUGUGGCCGCUGUUUAUCGCGGGCUCGGAAUGCGUGCUUGCAGGACACCGCGACCUUGUCCGAAAACGAUGCAAAGACCUGUCCAGAGACUCGGGGUUUUUCAACAACCUCUCGUGUCUCGGGUUGCUGGAGAAGGUGUGGGCGAAGAGCCCCAUGGGCUCCGGAUCGGGCGAGGGCUAUCCUACCGCAUCGAUAGACCUCAGCGCCAUGCACGGAGCCGGCGGGAGGGAGCUCGGGGGCUGGACUUUGCCAGGUGCGUCUUCGAUGGGACCAGCCCCGAGUCCGCGCAAACCGGGCCUCCGGUGGCACGAAGCCAUGCAGAGCAAACGGGCGGAGGGGGAGUAUAUGACAGUAUGA